GACAUUAUUUUGACAUUUUGUUGAAAAACUUGAAUUGAAAUAUGAAUGAAUGAAUAACGAAUGAGCAUUGCAUUUUGCAUUUGCAUUACUGUGCCCGCUUGAAAGCCAUUGGUCUAUCGUUUAAUGAAUAUUUUUUAUUUGUUUUCUGUUGAAACAUUCCGAUUUCUGGUUGUUUAAUCGAAAAUAUACUAAAUCAUUUACUUGUUUGGAUGUAUUCUCUUUUAGCGUUCUUCAAGAUUUUUGUAUUUGCAACAGUUGUUAGUGGAAAUCAAUUUGAAAAACAUGAAAGUGGUAUAUUUCAAUGAUUUUGUGAAGUGUUGAAAAUUCAUCAUAUCAAACCAGAAAAUAAAACACAGUAUGUCUACUAAAAGAAGAUGUUGGGUGCCCACCUGUUUGAAUCCGGACUUAGAUCCAAAGAAAAAGUUUUUCACCUUACCAGAGAAUGCACAAGCCAGAGAAGUAUGGCUUGCACUUUCAGGAAAGCCUAUUGAGUCAAUCUCCACAGAGAUAUUCUUCUGCCAAGACCAUUUCUCUACACAAGACAUUAUAAGGAUGGAUGAAAACAAACAAUAUCAGAAUAGGCAUAAAAUAUUACCCAGCAAUUAUAUGCCUGAUAGAAUGUGUGGGACUUGUAUGUCUCUGAUUCCACCUGAACAGUCCUUUCAUAUUGUGAGUAGUAAAUUUCCUAGUGAGAUGCCACCAGUUGUCAAAGAAAUUUUAAAUUUUAUGGUUCCAAGUGAACCUGAGCCUCUCCAUCAAAUAUUCACUUUUUGUAUGAAAGAUCUGAAAUUACCCAGGGACCCACCACCUGUUGCUUGUAAUGAGUGUUACAUUAAUGCUUGGGUAUACUUUGUGUUCAAAAUGACUUGUAUAGAAGUAGAAAAAGAUUUGAAAGCUGACAUGUCUUGGGAGAAUUAUGGAAAGAAAGUGCUGUGUCGGUCGUGUCCUCAGACUAUGGGGACCAACUUCAUAUCUUUAUUGUCUAGUCCAAAUAUGGCUAAUUUGUUGCGGAAUAUGUUCAUUGGUGAUUGUCCACCUCCAGAAAUUGUCCCUCUACAAGUUUGCAUAACUUGCUAUAAUGUACUGGAGAGAAUCGAGAUAUUCUCCAAGAAUUGUCUAGAAGCAGAUGAAAAAAUGAAGAGGCAUAUAGCACUAAAAAAAAAGUUUGAUCGAUCUGACAGCAACAUUCCUUCCUCAAGUACAUUCUUCACUAGAUCUUCCAAUACCAGAACUAGUGGUAUUAUAAUUCAGUCUGAACGUGGACCUAUGCUUGGUUUCCCUGUUGACAAAGUGACUGAAAAAAUCAAGAUCGAGAAUAUCGGCUCUUCAAGAUCCAGUAAGACAUUAUUGGCGCAGCUCAUGUUGGAACAUGGUCAAUCUUUGAAAACCGAUUUGUACCAACAAGACGUUUGGUCGGUUAUUUGUGAUAAAAUGCAACAACAAGGCGUCGGCUGUAAUGUGCCUGGCUUGAUGAAUGUGUGGAAGAAAAUGGUUCAAGACACCAAAAUCAAGUUCGAUACAAAACAACCUAUUGGGACUUGUGAUAAACUUGUUAUGCAAUUCCACAAAGCAAUGCAAAACAUACACACGAUGAAGUCCCUUAUGACUCCGUCGACUGCCGUAUCAGCUGAUCCUCCAGAUUUAGUGUCAUCGACACUGGAAGACAAAGAGAAGAAGUUGAGAUCUGAAUCUCCCGAAAAACAGAUUCCAGUAUUGGUAGAUGAAAGUAGACCAUUUACCAAAAGUAAAAAUAAGAAGAAACCAAUAGACGUGCCUACAAAAAUCUCCGCAUGGACUGAUGAAAAUAAAUUGGAGUUUUUAGAUAUCUUUGAAAAGGAGUACAUUCAAUAUACGGCAAAGAUUGAAGAUAUGGGCAAACGGCGACCUUGGAAAACUAUCUGUAUUAAUAUCGCAUCCGGUGGCUACUAUACUAUAAAAGAUGAAUCGUUUUUUCAUCGCUUAUGGAAUAAUUUAAAGAGCAGAGCCGAAGAAGACACCAGAAAUAAACCUUCACCGCUAAAUAAAAAGGUGUUGUCAUUUUUGAGGAUGGACAAUAUAAUUUAUAGUGGAAAACCGAUCCCCUACACCAACGAGGAAAAGAGACAGCUGAUCAGGCUCUGCGACAAGCACAUGCCUCUCAUCGGCGGCAAAUGGCCGGCUCCGCAAGAGUACUGGGACGCCGUGGCCAAGGACUUUGCCGCGGUGAAUCCCCUGCACGACGCCGAGUCCGUCAAAAGGGGCCACCGGAACUUGCGCAUGAAGCUGCGGAGCCGCAUCAACGGGGUGCACGACGAGAUCGACAAGUUGAUGAUCGAACAUCUGUCCGGUCAUCCGGGGAAUUAUCUGGAGAGGUACGGGUAUUCUGGACCUCUGGGGAAGAAGAAGAAGAGUGUCAAGGUUGUGGCAGCUGCUGUGGCUGCAGUCGCUGGCAAUGGGAGUACUGAUAAGCUGGCUUCUCCUAAAAUUGACAGUAAUCGACAACUGUCCAUCAACCUAUCCUUAAACACCGACAAAAUCAAAGACCCGGAACCCAAAAUCAACGCCCCGGAACCCAAAAUCAACGCCCCGCAGCCCAAAAUCAAAGACCCGGAGCCCAAAACCAAAGACCCGGAGCCGAAAACGAAAAAACCCGGCAAGCGCGGAAGAACAUCGCCCUUCAACAGAACGAAAAUGAUCGACGACCUCGAAGCCAUGUACGAGGCCACGCCGAAGCAGAAAAUCAUCGCUCUGGACAAGAACGUGUGGACCACUAUGUUGAAGGAAUUGUGGGAGAAAGAUGGGUCAGUGGUGAACUUCAACACCGUCCUGUACUAUUGGAGGAUGGCCAAGGGGGAUGUCGCGAAAAGCAAGAUGGAUGCGAGCCCUAUGCAAGCGCAAGUCAGGCGGUUGUUGCAGAAACACGAUGAAAUAAUGAAGAGUGCGCCGUAUAAGGCAGUUCCUGCCGUUGAAGGAGAAGUUGCCAGUGCGGCAGUUAACCAACCAACGACCUCGACACAGUUGAGAACAGUCAGAAAGGGCAAACUAGGCAGACCAAGCAAAGCAGGUGCAGGCAGACCAAGCAAAGCAGGUGCAGGCAGACCACCGACAAUGACAUACAUGGAAAAAUACACGUUCGUGAAUGACGUCAUCCGCGAAUAUGACGCUCUCACUGAACGACAGGACCCGAGCAUCUUCUCCAGGUCUCCGUGGACAGCUGUGAUCCAAAGGGUCGUGGAGAAGAAUCCCAACAUGAACUUUCAAAGGGCGUACUCCCUUUGGAGCCGUUUCAGAGUAUCGGCGAGGAGUCAUGAAAGGGACGGUAGGGACCCUUUCGACGUGCAGAUUUGGAAUUUGUUGGAAAGGCACCAGGAGAUGAUGAAGGAGAGGAAGAUGUGGAAUCCGAUGAGCCCGAUGGAGGCGUGUGAUAGUAACGAAACGGUUGUAGUUACGAGAGUUGCCGAGGUAACUGAAACAGAGGUAACUGAAACAGUGGUAACGGAAACAGUGGUAACCGAAACAGAGCCUCCCGUAACCCCAAACAAAAAGAGACCUAGCGACGGACAGGAAACCGUAGACAGCAAGAAAACAAAGUACACUCUGAUGGAUCCAGCAGCUUUCAGCAAACUCGAACCGCACCAGCACGACGAAAUCCUCUCACUUUUGGCAGCCACCUAUCAACGAAUGCUCGAGGCCAACGAGAGCGACCUCAGUUGGAAGAAUGUCAUCGUGAGGAUCUACAAGAACGGCGGCUAUCGGGACAUCACCCAGAAAGAUUUCAUCUGUUUGUUCAACCGGAUGCGCUACUACUUGUCCGUCCACAAGAACUCCGGCGAAUUGACAGCUUUCGAUGGCAAGUUGAAAGCGUUGCUGAAGAAGUCUGUUGCUGACCGGCAAGCUAGAAGCGUCAGGAGAUCGGCAGAGAAGAAACACCAUCCCGUCAAGUACGAGAAGGAUUACGCUUAUUGUCCUGGUCGUAAGGUUGCUGGGGGAGAGGACGGUGGUAAGGCGAAGGAAGAUGGUUCUGGAUCUAACUUAGACGUUUCGAGAAGGAGGAAGAGCGCCAGCCAUGUAAUGUUCAAUCUCGACGAGUUCUAUGAUAGUGAGGUGACCGAACAGAUGCUGCUACCUUCUAAGAAACAGAUGACGUGGAGCAGAGAAGAGAAGCUGGCGCUGAUCUCCGUAGUGAAAGCGCAAGGCAGCGCCGUCUUCCAGCUGUCUAAAAGCAAUAAGGUGUGGGAGACGAUCGUCCGCGAGUUCGAGACGCUGGGCUAUCGGCGAUCGCCGGCCGCCGUGCAGUGGUACUGGAACAGGAUGCGGAAGAACGCAGAGAUGGCGUGGGCCAAACAGAUCGAGCCCACGGAUAUCGACGAGAUGCUGAUCGAGUUCAUGACGACGGCGAUCAGGGAGAAGACGACGCCUGAGAACGCGGAAGCUAGCAGCAGCGACGAUUCCAGGGACAAGCCGGUGGAGGAUGACGAAGUGGUCGAUUUGACCUACGAUUACGUGUCUUUUGACGACAUUGAGCGUCUGUCGAUGCAGACCGCCAACGGGAGAGUCAAGAACAUCAAGUCGGAGCACAGGGAUGAGGAGGCCGACGCGAACGCUAGCUGUACCAGCGCCGACGACACCACCAUCACCAACGCCGAAGACGUGAACUUCGUCCUGGCCAAAGUGGAGGGUGGUGCGCAGUACGACAUGGACGACGAAGACAUCGAGGACAGCCAGCCGGAGUUCGUGACGGCCGAGCAGAUCGGCCUCGGCGAAGAGAACGCGACGGUCGCCGUUCACAGGGAGGACCGUGAAGAGGAGGUUGAGAAGGACGUUGUGGAGCAUCGCGGAGAAGAUCCGCUCAGCCACAUAGAGUACACGUACGAGGACGAGGAUAUCGCGGUCGAGGGCGAAGAGAGCGUUUUCGAAGAGAAUGGCGCCGAGCAUGUGAGUGCUGUGGCCAUUGCGGAGGCGACCGGGGUUCUCGUUAGGAAUUAGGAUCCUGCUGAUCAACAUUCAUAGACUUUUUUAUUCCUAAUAAGAAUAUAACUGAAUAAUAUUGUUCAAGUUUUUAUCAUUUCAGAUGUUGUUUGUUCAUCGUAUUUUUAUGAUAUACAGUUUUUACUCUUUUAAUGUUUUGUCAAACAUUUCUAUUAUCGCUGAAUAUGUUUUCAACGUUUAGCACUAGGUAAAUAAUGUUUAAUAUUAUAAAACAUUUCAAAGUGAUUAAACUAAAAGUUCAUAUAGUUGUGUACAAAUAUAUAAAAUGACAGGUGCUCGGACUAGGUUUAUUAUAUCUUUUAUACAAGAUAACAAUUCCUAUGACCAUCUCUGUAAUAAAUGACAGUAAGGGAUAUAUUUUCAUUUGACUACAUUACGAUAAUUAUAUAAGAUAUGGGUCAAAUGAAAAAUGCAUUUAUUUGGGUCUUUAAUUGAAUUAUCACUUCAUAGGAAGAUGAAUUCAUUGUACUAGAGUUCGUUAAUUUACUUGACACUUGAGUUUUUCAAACAAGAAAACAAAACUUUCCUUGAAAUUGAAGUAGAAAAGUCAUAAAUUCUUGUAAAAACAACAUCCUGUAUUUAUGAUAACUACAAGAGAAUAUCGGAGUAUCUGAUGAAGAUGAUCAUCAAAAACUUUUUAAAUGAUUUUUUGAAUAGCAAAUAGCAAAAUCAUUCCCACUAAAUUAACAAAUAUCUAACUUAUUUGUAUCCAUUGAAUUUCAAGAUGGCAGCUCUAAAUUACGGCUGGGGAAAUUCAAAUUUCAAAUAUGGAAACUGAUGAUACUGCCGUUUUUUUAGAGGAAAGUUGAAUUAAAUUUGGUCAAUAAAAAUGAAUGAUUUUUUUGAAUUAUUUGAACAACAAAUACAUGCCUCUAUACGUACACAACUGAUGGUUAUCAAGAUUUCAAUAGUGAAAAUCGAAUUUAUUUCACGUUGUAUAUUACAAAAUUUUUGAUUGGAGAGAUAAUGAUCUGCUCAAGUUUUUCCAUCAAAAUUUGACAAAACAAUAAUUCUAAUGAGGACUAACAUUUUUUAUGGUCCAGCAAAACGCGCCACUGAAACGUAAGGUCAGGGUUGGUAGAACUGAUAAAUAUACUUUUUAUUUUCAUGUCAUUUCUCCUCUUCUACGUCAAUGUAAGAAUUGUUCCCAAAAACGUAAGUCGGCUCAGGCCUUUCGAUAAAUUGAGGUGUUCUAUUUGUUCAACAUAAUUUUUUUAGAAUAUAUUCGAUACAAUGUUGUUAUCAGUGUUUUGUUUCUCCAAAACCACUUGACCGCAGAUUCCGCAAUCAUGGCAUAUUAGUUCACAAUUGACCGCAAGAUGGCGACACUUUACAGAUUUCUUUCAUGUCAGAAAACAGGAAACUGCGCUCACACACCGCUUACACCAGAAAUAAUAUCAUAACAUAACCUCAAAUCGAAUGAGAUUGAAUUUGAAAGUACGAAACUGUAUUCGCAAUAGAAGAUAACACGUCGCUCUACCUCACGGCAACAGCUUGAACACGUCUGAGCGGUUUGUUCUGAUGAUGUGGCCAAUAAGAACAAAUAAAAACAUAUGUGAAACAAAGUAAACAGGCCGCUUUGACAGCUUUCAAGGUCUCCAAUUGGUGGCGUACGCUUAUUUUCUAUCGCGAAUUUUUGGGGAAUUUUAAUUAUCAUCAGUUCUACCAACCUAGAAUUUCGGUUGAGAUUUUCUGUCACGUAGCCAUAGGACAAGAACUUUGACCGAAAAACAGUAUAUGGAAUUUGAUAGGAGUUUCUACACCAUCUUCAGUUCAUCCUGAUUCGAUAAAACGGGCCAUAGGUUUUAUAUUUUGACACUGACCUCACGCUCACGUUUUAGUAGCGCCAACUGGUGCAAGUGAAAAUGGUAGCCCUCAUUGACCUCACUCUAAGUGGGAGUAAUCCCAAAUUUAUAUCUAGUGUUUAUUAUGUUAUUAUUCUCAUUUAAAUUAUUGAUUAUUAGUGUCCUUUAUUUGUGUUCAAAUAAAAAUAUAUUUUGU